UUUUACAUUUACUAUUAAAUUCCUCAUUUCUCUGCAUAGUCAAUAAUGUUGCUGCAGAGAUUUUAGUUCUUUACUCUCUUAGAAUGGCUUACUUGUUUAAUAUCCUUCCUCCUAUCCAUAUUAUUCAAUUCAUAGUCCUCUUGAAACUGAUUCAGAUACCUUUAUAUUUGAGCUCUGGUGAAGGUUGUGAUAAUCUGUUUACAUGUGGAAAUAUAACACAAAUUGGUUUUCCUUUCUGGGGAGAGGAUCGACCAAAAGAGUGUGGCUACCCUUUGUUGCAACUCAGUUGCGUAAACAACAUCAGUUACAUAACAAUCAAUGAUGUCAAGUAUCGUGUUUUAGAAGCCAACUCUUUCGAACAUACUUUGAGAAUCACUAGAGAAGACUAUUUGCAAGGAUUAUGCCCAGCAAAAUAUGUCAACACAACAUUAGACACUAAGAUCUUUGUUUAUGGUUCUAAAUACAAUAAUCUUACCUUCUUUUAUGAUUGUCCACUUUCAAUUACUUUUCCAUCUCCAUUUGGACAUUUUCCAUGUUCUUCAAAUGGUUUUGCUGCUAAAUAUGUUUAUAUUUGGUUUGGUCCAAAUAUUGGUCUCCAAGCUUCUUCAUGCCAAGAAAGUAUCAGUGUUCCAAUUUCUAAUUCAUCGGUUGAUGUUAGUGAUUCAACUAAAAUACAAAGCGCAGUCAGAGAUGGAUUUGUGGUGAAAUGGAUAGCAGGUACUGAAGAUUGUGAGAAGUGUAAAAAUUCAAGUGGAUUUUGUGGUUAUGAUUGGAUGUCAAAGCAAACAACCUGCUACUGCAGAGAUCAAUCUUGUUCUUCUCCGCCACAACAGUCUCAAGAAUCUCCACAUCCGGGUUCAAAACAUAACAGGAGGCUUAUUGUGAUAGGUGCUGUAGGAUUCGGAGUAACAAUGUUCUUUAUUAUUGUUAUUACGAUUAGUUGUUUCCUUAAAAGAGGUACGGGUAGACAACAAAAGAGUAUUUUCAGGAAAAGAAGAAAGCUUGUUGAGCACAAUGUGGAUGUUUUUAUGCAAAAUUAUAAUUUAUCCAUGCCAAGAAGAUACAGUUAUACAGAAAUAAAAAGGAUCACAAACUCAUUUCGAGAGAAACUAGGCCAGGGAGGAUAUGGUGUUGUGUACAAAGCAAGUUUAUUUGACAGUCGUUUAGUGGCCGUUAAAGUAAUAAAAGAGUCAAAGGGGAGUGGAGAAGAAUUCAUAAAUGAAGUUGCUAGCAUUAGUAGAACAUCACACAUGAACAUUGUGUCACUCUUUGGUUAUUGUUAUGAGGGAAACAAAAGAGCACUAAUAUAUGAGUUCAUGUCCAAAGGUUCAUUGGAUAAGUUCAUCUAUAAAAGUGAAUUUCCUAAUGCUAUUUGUGAUUUUGAUUGGAACACUCUGUUCCAAAUUGCAAUAGGCAUUGCUAGAGGACUAGAGUACUUACAUCAAGGAUGCAACUCAAGGAUUUUGCAUCUUGAUAUCAAACCCCAAAACAUUCUUUUGGAUGAAGACUUUUGUCCAAAAAUAUCUGACUUUGGUUUGGCUAAAAUAUGCCAAAAGAAGGAUAGUAUUGUGUCAAUACUAGGGGCAAGAGGAACUAUAGGAUAUAUGGCACCCGAAAUAUUUAGUAGAGCAUUUGGUGGAGUUUCUUACAAGUCUGAUGUGUACAGUUAUGGCAUGUUGAUUCUUGAAAUGAUAGGAGGAAGAAAGAACUAUGACACUGGAGGGUCGAGUACUUCUGAAAUGUAUUUUCCUGAUUGGAUUUAUAAAGAUCUUGAGCAAGGUAAUACUAGUAACACUCUUUUAAAUAAUUUGACAAUCUCAGAGGAAGAAAAUGAUAUGGUUAGAAAGAUUACUUUGGUGAGUCUAUGGUGCAUUCAAACUAAUCCAUCCGAUAGACCAGCGAUGAAUAAAGUAAUAGAAAUGCUACUUGGACCACUUUCAUCAGUGUCAUAUCCUCCAAAGCCGGUCUUGUUUUCUCCUGAAAGGCCUGCACUACCGGUAGAAUGUAUAUCCUCAUCCGAUUUCAAUGAAACAAGUUCAAUUACAGUAUCGAAAUAAUUGUUCUUUCUAUGAUUCAAAUGAUUAUGUUAUGUCCACGGCUUCCAAAGUGGAACAAGAACUUGUGUAACUGUCUCUGGCAUACAGUUUUAGAAUUAAUUAUUUGAAAUUCAAAAUCAAUUUCAUAUAGUUGUAGUGAUUGCAAUGGCUAAACUACUGGCAUAUUUU